UCUUUUGUGCUCAAACUAGGACAGGGGCGUAAAUAGGGUUCGUGGCUAUAGAAGAUCUUCAGAGCAGAGCAGAGAGAAGAGUUGAGGCAGUUCAAGAUGAGAGAACAAACUGAACAGGGACUUAAGGGACCUGUUGGUGAGGUGAAGUGAGAGAGAAAGCAGAUGGAGGUGGUAAAAGGGGUAAAGACCCUUCCAGGUACCGGUAGUCCGGAGCAGAUCCGUCCGGAAGUGAGAUGGACUAGGGCAGCAGCGAAGGGGAGGCUGCAGCCAGGAUGGUCGCCUCCCGCCUUCCCUGCUCAACACCGGUUGCGGACAUGCUGACCUCGCAGUGGUACAACCAGGCCGUGUCCCAAGCGGGUGACAGACUGGAGGCAUCUGUCCCGGACGGCUCCUGCGUCUGCUCAGAGUCCGCCCCGCCCUCCUGCUUGCUGCCUGGCCGUGGGGUACGGAGCAAGGCGGGGUGGGGCGGGGACCGCCGCUCUUCCAGGCACGUGGGCCCCUGCGCCGCUGGGCAUAGGACUUGGGAACCAGGAAUCGCGACUGUGGCUUUUGAAGGGGACCAGCGCAUCGCGGAGGUGAGGUGGGCAGCCUAGAGGGGAACGGAAGCCGGAGAGGUCGCCGCCGGGUGUGGCCUGGGAACUGGCACUACAGUCGACUCAGCGCCGGACAGGAGAGCUCAUUACGUGACUGUCCCGUGGGCCCUGGCUCCCAGCCCCGAUAUUGAACAAAACUGGAUGGUGAGAGCCGGCUGAGCUGCCGGUACUCUAUUGAACUUUAUCUCCUCUGGAUCUUGGAGCCCUCCAGGCAGCUGCUUGCCCUGAAAAAUGCUGGAGGCGGGGCAUAGCCCCAGGCCCAGAAACCUGUUCUUCCUGUUUGCUGCUUUGGUCCCAGCGGCUGGUCCAGGCCUGAGCAUUUAUGAGUGAAGAACUGGAGCCCACACUGAGCAUCCUCACUGCACCAAGAGCAAGACUGGUCAAGUCCAGCCGGGUGUGGGAGGCAGGUCCCCCGGCUGGGAGGCUGGGCAUUUUUGUGUGUGUGUGCACUGAAUUCUGCUUGCAUCAUUGGGAUCCGAGGCAGGGACUGUGUUCUGCUCCUUUAUCCCAGGUUCUGCAACCAGACAACCCUCAGUGUCAAGCCUAGUUUUUCCAGUUCCUUCCAGUAUAACCAAAACAGAUAGCUUAACCUCUACGUAGGUAUUUACCAGGUACUGAAUGCCGCCUUGCGGGAGCUGCUUAAACCUGAUCAGAUUCCCACUGAAUGGGAAGGUAGCGGAGAGGGGCUGCAUGCUGAGGAACUGAUUAGACUGAGCCAGAGGUGGAUCAGGGGCAAUGGCAGCAGACGUGGACUCCUGGAAUAGCACCAUCAACGGCACCUGGGAGGGGGAUGAACUGGGCUACAAGUGCCGCUUCAACGAGGACUUCAAGUACGUGCUGCUGCCCAUGUCCUACGGCGUGGUGUGUGUGCUCGGGUUGUGCCUCAACGUUGUGGCUCUUUACAUCUUCCUGUGCCGCCUCAAGACCUGGAACGCCUCCACCACGUACAUGUUCCACCUGGCGGUUUCUGACUCUCUUUACGCAGCCUCUCUGCCACUGCUGGUUUAUUACUAUGCCCGGGGGGACCACUGGCCAUUCAGCACAGUGCUCUGCAAGCUGGUACGUUUCCUCUUCUACACCAACCUCUACUGUAGCAUCCUCUUUCUCACCUGCAUCAGUGUGCACCGGUGCCUGGGUGUCUUGCGUCCUCUGCACUCCUUGCGCUGGGGCCGUGCCCGCUAUGCCCGCCGCGUGGCUGCAGUGGUGUGGAUUCUGGUGCUGGCCUGCCAGGCACCCGUGCUCUACUUUGUCACCACCAGUGUACGGGGGACCCGCAUCACUUGCCAUGACACCUCGGCCCGAGAGCUCUUCAGCCAUUUUGUGGCCUACAGCUCCGUCAUGUUGAGUCUCCUCUUCGCUCUGCCCUUUUCCAUCAUCCUUGUCUGUUACGUACUCAUGGCCCGGCGGCUGCUCAAACCGGCUUAUGGGACCACAGGUCUGCCUCGGGCCAAGCGCAAAUCGGUGCGCACCAUUGCCCUGGUGCUGGCCGUCUUUGCCCUCUGCUUCCUGCCUUUCCAUGUCACCCGCACCCUCUACUACUCCUUCCGAUCACUUGACCUCAGUUGCCACACGCUCAAUGCCAUCAACAUGGCAUACAAGAUCACCCGGCCAUUGGCCAGCGCCAACAGUUGCCUUGAUCCUGUGCUCUACUUCCUGGCAGGGCAGAGACUUGUCCGUUUUGCCCGAGAUGCCAAGCCACCCACAGAACCCAUCCCCCGUCCCCAGGCUCGUCGCAGGCUGGGCCUGCAAAGGUCUCACAGAACUGACACAGCCAGGAAAGAUGUGUCGAUCAGCAGUGAUGACUCAAGACGGACAGAGUCCACUCCAGCUGGGGACGAAACUAAGGACAUUCGACUAUAGGUCAGAGCCCUCAGGCAUGCUCUAGUUCAUGUGGAAGCUGUAAGGAACCAAGGCUUGUUCAAAUGGGCCGAUGUCCUCCGAUGCGGAUCAUAGCAAUUCUCAUUUGGCAACAGCUCAGAAUACUCAUCCUGUGGUUCCAACAGUAACAGGACCCCAAAGUCCCCAAUCAUUUAUCUAUGUGAGUUGGGAAAUCAUACUUUAAGAAAGGCAUUGACACCUGACUCCCAUGCAGACAGCUGCCAUCCCUGCCAAGGCUGGGGUUCAGGAAGGCUGUUUCAGCCUCAUACAUCCAAGGGAGGAGCAAGCCCAGAGAAGACACAGCAGAAUCCAGGCUAGCUACCUGAAAUAGGAAUGGGAUUACAAGGUGACUAGUGGACUCUUGUAAGUGAGCAGUGCUGAGUCCCCAUCGUCACUUGGGAUGGAAUUGGGCACUCCAGUGGAUUCGGCUCAAAGGCUUGACCCUCAGGCCAAGAGACAAACACCUGAGGACUGAUUUCAGAUCCAUCUGGAGGCUCCCCUGGGCCGGAAGCCGGAUAGAAAUCAUAACUUAUAUCAAAGAUUGUGCCGCCUGUCGGGCAGUGCUCCUCCGCAUGGUCAGAGGACAGGGCCUGGCCGGGGCAGUGUUCGUCACCUAUGCAAAGGAAAAGGCCAGUUAUUUCUGACUACUGUCUCCCGGAAGUCUCUAUCAGGGAUCCCUCUUCAGACCCCCAGGUCAACCCCACUUCUAAGCCACCUGUCUUCUGUAUUAUACUAUGCCAAGCACAGAGAAGCGUCAAGUAGGAGUCUAGUUCUUGGGGUUUCUCAGUUCACAUAACUUCACAUGUGCCGGUGAAUGUCAAACCAUUUAACUGAACUGGGAGGGAGACCUUUAUUUAUAGCACUGACAAUUGCUGUGGGGCAAAUAGCACCACCAUGGCCAAUCAAAUUUCAAACUUCCAAUUGCCAAUACAAUGGCAGCCUCUGCAAAAUUCGUAAAAAUCAA